AUCGUAUCCAUCUUUACCUAAUUUUAUUCUUCACCAAUGGGAAUGAGAAGUUGUGAAGCUGUUAUUGAAAUAAUUCAUAAUUCCAACCAACCAUACAUACCUCAUACAAAGUACGAGCCUAGUCUAAACUCUGUCUAUCUAAACUCUUUCAAUAUUUUUACCCAACUCUUGAAACUCACCAGGGACGGACCUAACUGGCCCAAGACAUGUUCAAUCCUCAUUUCUUACUUAUCAGCUUAGGCAACCAAGCACCAUAUUACGAAUGCCUUCAUUCCACCGGCCAUUUUGCACUUGCUGCAUUACAGAAGUUCCUUAGUUCGAGUCAGCCGCCAUUCAAGUCUGAACGAUAUGGAGGGAAAUCCUGCUUGGCCUCGACGGAUCCUGGAUACCUUACCAUGGUUCAGAGCCCAACCCAGAUGAAUGUCUCAGGUCCUUGGGUUGCUAAGACUUGGAAAGAGAUGCUGCAAACCCACCAGCUAGAGCCAUCACAGCUAAGCUUGGUACUAGUUCACGAUGAUCUAGAGUCGCAAUUCGGCCAUGUGAAAGUUCGACCAUGGUACUCAAGUCAUCGGGGUCAUAAUGGCGUUAAAAGUGUCAAUGCAAGCAUAAAACCUCCAAGUUCUCCCGGUACAUGGUGGUCGCGCAUAUCCAUCGGUAUCGGCCGACCUGAGGCUAGAGAUCACACAUCUGUCGCUGAUUAUGUCUUGAAGAAUUUGACCAGAUACCAAAAGGAUAUUAUCGACACGGAAGUCGGUUCAAACGUUUUUCACUGCUUGCAGGGAAUAGAGGAAAUUUGGGGGCAAGAGUUCCAGAAAGCCUAUGCAAGCCGCUACGCACUCUCGCAUCCCGUGUGGCUACCUAAAUCACUCAGAUACAUGUCUAAAGAUCUUGAACGUGUUGAGGCUCUUCGUGAUAGCACAAUAAGACAUCACCAACGAAGGAAAAAAUAAUAUCUGAAGUCCAGCCAACAGCCCAUCUCUACACUUUGAAUUCAAGGUCUUGUAAUUGUUGAGGUUUUUUUUUUUUUUUUUUUUUUUU